AGAGAGAGAGAGGGGAAGGGCGAAAGUGACAAAAUAAAUAGAAAAUAAUCGCGCUAAGCAAACGGCGCAGUGAGAGAGUUGCGCCCGCAGUGUCAGCGGCGGCAGUCCGCACGCGCGCGCCACCUAGCGCCAAGAUGGCACACUACGCGUUCCAACUGCCCAACUUCAUGAAACGAUUCGGACCGAAUCCGGACGACCUAUCGAUGGACUUCUUCGCUUCCUACGUCUCGGAUCCGAUCAACCGGAUCCAGUGGCGCCUCUACUUCAAGCGGCACGCGAAGGAGAACAGCGACAAGGAGUACAUCUCCGUCUACCUGAAGCUGAUGAAGUUCUUCGACGGUCAGUGCCGCCAGGUGACGCACCGACCCGUCGUCGAGGUCACCUACUCGAUCGGCAUCCGCGACCAGGAGUUCGCGUGCGUGCACAGCAAAACCGCCACGCACAGUGACUGGACGACGGACUGGGGCUGGCGGGAGUUCCUUCCGCUCGACGCCGCGCGCGAGCACCUGCUUCCCGACGGAUCGCUGUUCGUCUUCUGCAACCUCGACCCGAAGCAGGAGGGUCGCUACAGCAUCCCGCCGAGUCCGCCGUCGCAGCCGAGCAGUCGCUGCACGCGAUUUCUCGCCAACUCUCCGCGCACCGAGCCGACGGGCCUCGGACAGAAGCUGCUCAACGACAAGCACCACACGGACGUGACGAUAGUCGCCGGGGAGAAGAACCCGGUGACGUUCCAGGCGCACAAGGCCGUGCUCUGCAUACAGUCGUCCGUGUUCGCGCAAGGGUUCGACCACAAGUUCCUGCCCGACCUGCCGUCGAGCCACGUGCGCGUGAAGGACUUCGACGCCGACACGGUGCGGGAGAUGAUCAACUACGUCUACACGGGCCGCACGGACAAGAUGACGGAGAUGGCGCACCUGCUGCUGCCCGCCGCCGAGAAAUAUCAGCUAGAAGGUGAGGCAAGGAGGAGGGAAUAG